AUGGACAAAUCCCGCUAUUUCCUGGAGACGGAUGACGGCCUUGGAGAGGAUCUGAACGCAGGUGCCACGGGGGCAUCUGGGAAGGAGCAUGGACCGCGGCCCUUGGACACCCCCUUCCAGAAGGAAGCUCCCCCCUCCCCACGGAUUCGGGUGAAUCUGAAUUAUCUGUCAGGACCCAAAAAACAGGAUGACCCGGAUCGCUUCGACAGGGACCGUCUUUUCCAGGCCGUGGUAGCAGGAGAUCCUGAACGGCUCAAUGGCCUGAGCGAUUAUCUGCGGAAAACGUCCAGCUUCCUCAGCGACACUAAAUAUAGAGGCANCACUGACAGCCACUACAAAGGCCACACAGCCCUCCACAUCGCCAUCGAGAAGAGGAACUUAGAUCUUGUGAAGCUCCUGGUGGAGAACGAGGCUGAUGUCCACGCCAAAGCUUCUGGUCAUUUCUUCCAGCACCAGCGCAAAGGGGCCUUCUUUUAUUUCGGUGAACUUCCUCUCUCCUUGGCUGCUUGCACCAACCAGCCAGAGGUCGUCAUGUAUCUCCUGGAAAACCCUCACCAGAACGCCAGACUGAACGAACAGGAUUCCAUAGGCAACACUGCCCUCCAUGCGCUGGUGAUGGUGGCCAACGAUACGAAGAAGAACACCGAGCUCGUGGUCAACAUGUACGACAAGAUCCUCAUGAAAGGGGCCGAGAUCGACACUUCCUGCAAGUUGGAAGAGAUUGUCAACCGGAAGCAGCUGACCCCUUUGAAGCUGGCCGUGAAGACUGGGAAAGUCGAGAUCCUCAAGCACAUUCUCCACCGAGAGAUCAAGGACCCCAAGUUCCAGCACCUUUCACGCAAGUUCACUGAGUGGACUUAUGGUCCUAUCCACAUCUCCCUCUAUGAUCUGACCUCCAUCGACACCUGUGAGGAGAACUCAGUGCUGGAGAUCCUGGCCUACAGCAGUAACACUCCAAACCGGUACAAAAUGGUGGUCCUGGAGCCUCUGAACAAGCUACUUCAGCACAAGUGGGAAUCCUUCAUUAGAAAAAGGUUUUUCAUCAGUUUAUUCCUCCAUCUGAUUUACAUGCUGGUCUUCACAGCCACUGGUUACUACAGGCCUCUAAAGGGCGAGCCUCCUCGUCCAGCAACAAUGACAAUCAAGGACUUAUUAAGACUUGUUGGGCCUAUCUUCAUUUUGAUUGGUGGCAUUUAUCUCCUCAUUGCUCAGAGUUUUUACUUCUGGAGAAGACGCUUCUCGUGGAAAAGUCUUGUAGUGGACAGUUGCUUUGAAAUAUUCCUAUUUGUGCAGGCGUUUGCCAUCCUGACCUCAUCCGUGAUGUACUUUGCAGAUGUGGAACAAUACGUGCUGCCCAUGGUGUUCGCCUUACUUUUGGGCUGGGUGAACACGCUCUACUACACCCGAGGCCUCCAGCAGACGGGAAUCUACAUCGUGAUGAUCCAGAAGGCUAUAAUUUGCAAGGGCUGGUGGCAAAGUUGCUUUUUCGUCAUAAGGACGAAAGAUUGCUCUCUCGUCAUUCUCACCGGGGACGCUCCCCAUCCCGCCCGCAACGAGUCCCUCCCGCUCAGCGACGACUCUAAAGACCAGGCCGUAUAUUCGGGGCUAUUUCAGGCUGCUCUGGAGCUCUUCAGGUUCACCAUCGGCAUGGGCGACCUGGAGUACAACGAGAAGUUGAAGUACAGUGACAUUGUGAUGCUGUUGGUCCUCCUCUUCGUCAUCCUGACCUACAUCCUCUUGCUCAACAUGCUGAUUGCCCUGAUGAGUGAAACCGUUACCAACGUCUCCGACUACAGCCAGAGCGUCUGGCAGUUGCAGAGAGCCAUUGCUAUCCUGGAGAUAGAGAGAAACUGGAUGUGGUGCUGGAAGAAGACCCAGAGAGCCGGCUGUUUCCUCUCCAUCGGCUCCGAGGAGAAGAAAGACCAACGGUGGUUUUUCCGAGUCGAAGAGGUAAACUGGGAAGACUGGAACGAGAAACUCGACGCCCUCAGAGAAGACCCCGCAGGAGUCAACUUUCUGGAGAAGGAUUCCUCUCCGGAGUCGAAACUAUGGGACUGGCUGGCCCGGGCAAAGUCGCGCUUAUCUUCUGUGGUGGAGGAGAAGGAAGAGGAGGAAGAGCGGGUGUCGUUGCGGGAAUUAAGGCCGUAG